AGCACAUAACGGUCAAGCCCGCCAAAGCGCUCCACACCCUUAAACCCAGCCGCGUGUCACUCACGCUCCUCCCCCUAAAAACCCAGUCUUUGACAAACCCAAACGCCCAUUUCCCAAACCCAGAAGAAGAAGAAGAAGCAGCAGAAGAUGAAGCUGAGAUUCAAAAUGGAGCCGGAGGCGUUGACCCUGGUGCUGGUCAACCUCGCCGGGAUCAUGGAGCGAGCCGACGAGUCGUUACUUCCUGGCGUGUACAAGGAGGUCGGUGCGGCUCUUCAUACCGACCCGACUGGGCUCGGGUCGCUCACUCUUUUCCGGUCCAUGGUCCAGUCCCUCUGUUACCCCAUCGCGGCUUACCUGGCCGUGCGUCACAACCGGGCCCACGUCAUCGCCCUCGGUGCCUUUCUCUGGGCCGCCGCCACUUUUCUCGUCGCGUUUUCCUCCACUUUCUAUCAGGUGGCUAUGUCCAGAGCUUUGAAUGGGAUUGGCCUUGCUCUAGUUGCUCCUGCUAUGCAGUCACUUGUGGCUGACUCAACUGAUGAUAGCAGCCGGGGUACGGCUUUUGGGUGGCUUCAGCUAACUGGCAACAUUGGUUCGAUAAUUGGUGGCCUUUGCUCAAUACUGAUAGCUCCAUUGACGAUCAUGGGGAUCCCUGGUUGGAGGAUUUCCUUUCAUCUUGUUGGGCUGAUUAGUGUUGUAGUAGGUAUUUUAGUCCGUAUAUAUGCCACUGAUCCACAUUUUCCAGAGGGUGCAACAAAAGAAAGCAGUCAGACUCCUAGUAAAUCGUUUUUGUCAGAAGUUAAGGAGCUGGCUAAAGAAGCUAAGUCGGUUAUUAAAAUCCCUUCUUUCCAGAUUGUUGUGGCACAGGGUGUUACUGGCUCGUUUCCUUGGUCAGCAUUAUCAUUUGCGCCAAUGUGGCUCGAACUUACUGGCUUUUCUCAUGGGAAAUCCGCUUUCCUCAUUGUCUUGUUUGUGAUUGGUAAUUCUCUUGGGGGUCUCUUUGGAGGUAAAAUGGGGGAUAUCCUAUCGGUGCGUUUUCCAAAUGCUGGAAGGAUAAUGCUAGCACAGAUAAGCUCAGCGUCUGCAAUACCUCUCGCAGCAAUUCUGCUACUUGUAUUGCCUGAUGAUCCAUCUACAGCUGUCAUCCAUGGUUUAGUUUUGUUCAUCAUGGGAUUCUCAAUAUCUUGGAAUGCUCCAGCUGCAAACAAUCCAAUUUUUGCUGAGAUAGUUCCUGAGAGAUCCCGAACAAAUGUAUAUGCUCUGGACAGAUCUUUUGAGUCCAUACUCUCCUCAUUUGCUCCUCCAGUAGUUGGGAUUUUGGCGCAGCACGUUUACGGUUAUAAACCAGUUGCUGCAGGGUCCAGUGCAUCUGAAGAGAUUGCCACAGAUAGAGGGAAUGCAUCAUCUUUGGCAAAAGCACUGUACACAGCAAUAGGAAUUCCAAUGGCUCUGUGUUGUGUUAUCUACUCAUUCCUAUAUUGCACCUACCCAAGAGACAGGGAGCGUGCUCGAAUGGAGGUUUUAAUAGAAUCAGAGAUGCAACAAAUAGAAUUAGAAAAUUCACCUAGAGGAGAAGAACAUUCCCGGAUGCGGUUCCCUGAGUCAGAAGAACUAUUUGUGAAUGAUAGAACUGUCAUUGAUGUGGAGUACGAGGGUGAGAAAGGCCUUGUUGGUGAUGCUGAGGAUGAUGAACAGGUAUUGCUGUACCGCCAGUUGACCUUCGCCAAUAUGAGCCGGGAGUGAUCUAGCAAGCAGACAAUGGCUUUCAUACACGAAGAAAUAGAUAGCUCAUAGCUUUUAAUGGGAAUCGAUUACAACACACUUCUCACAAUAGACUGAACAUUACAACUCCAUUCAAGCACAUCCAGAGAUCAUACAUGUAGAGAGGCAAAAUGUCCAUUCUGUUUUGACCUUCCACAAAAAGUAACCCCGCACAAAGGCAUAUUUUCUAUGGUUUUUUUUAAGAGUUUAGUACGUCUUGGUUUUUCCCAAGAGCUUUCUUGUGACUUCUUUUCUUUCUUUCUUCUUUAGUGUGGGAACGUCUUACAAGUUCCACAGUUCAACACUCAUUACACAUGAGUGUAAUGAGCUUUCUUGUCACAGUUACCUUGUCAAUACUGUGCCUGACCCAUCUUGGGAUGGUUCAUUAUGUUUUAUGAAAGGAUGCCA